AAUCGAGAGCAUCAGUUGUAGUUGAUCGUUUGUCCGGUGUGUUCAGCUAAUAAAACCGGAUCUAUUAAUUGAAAAUCAAUAUGAGAUUCUUUGCAGUCGUCACUGUCUUUGUGCUUGGUGUUCUGGCUUUGGCCAAUGCUGUUCCGCUGUCACCCGAUCCAGGAAAUGUUAUCAUCAAUGGCGACUGUGUAAAUUGCAAUGUUCGUGGUGGAAAAUAGAAAAUAUCCAGCUCAAGAAUUCAAUCAAAACUAAUAUUUAACUUCAUAAUAAAAAUGUAAUAAAAUAAAACCUAGAUUGUACUUGUAUUAAAUUCGCCAUCAUUCCAAAAAAUUCUGGAUUAUAGAUCGCUUCACCAAAAGUUGAAACAGUCUUGGUUUUAAAAUAAAAAUUA